AUGGCCACUGCUAAUAAUAAUGACGCUGGUUCUAAAGAUUGGAUUAAAGAAAGAGCUGCUAUAUGUAAGUGUAAAAUUAGAUAUUUGGUGAAAAUUGAACAUCUAGCUGCUGCCGCCCAUCGAAGACAAAAGACUGACCCGUCAGCAUCAAAACUUGUUAACCAAUUACACAAAGAACGUAUUCAAGGAAAUGCCGAAGAAACAGUUGAUGAGGAAUAUGAAGAUCUUGAUGCAAUUGCUAGUGUGCCACCUCCUGAAGAAAUAUUUUUUUAUUGGGUGUUUUUUUGGUUGGGUGAAAAAGUUGCACCAAAAGAAAAUACAAUCACUACACUUCAUGGCAAAGAGACUAGUGAAGAUGUUUAUCAGUCAUUUAUGAAAUCAGUUUUGGAAGAGGGAUUAGCCACAGAAUCUUCAUUGGA